CGCUAAAUCAUGGUGAAGUUCUUUGAUAUUAUUUCCAAUGAGAAUGAAGUAUUCAGAUCUUUUGCUUUUUGGUCGGUUGUUCUUCUCGUGAAAACCCUGGCUAUGGCCUAUCUAACAGGACGAGUACGUUGGACAAAGAAGGUUUCAGCAAAUGAAGAAGAUGCCGCGAAAUACAAUGCAAAGAUCAAAUUUGACGAUCCCGACGUAGAACGUGUGAGACGAGCCCAUCGAAAUGACUUGGAGAAUAUUUUUCCAUUCAUUCUUGUGGCAUUCUUCUACGUGUUGACAAAUCCCGAGCCAACACUUGCAAUUAAUCUCUUUAGAAUUGCAGCCAUUGCAAGGAUCAUCCAUACUCUUGUCUACGCUGUGUGGGUUGUACCUCAACCUGCUCGGGGGUUGGCAUUCUUCGUAUGUCUCGCAUCUACCCUCUACAUGGCGUUCAAGACAAUCUUGUUCUUUAUGUGA